GAGAACUUGGUAUGUGUCGUCUUGCACCACAGCAACUCCCAUUGGUUGAUACGACUCUAGUAAAACUGAGUCAGUCACUUUGUUCCCGGUCAACCGGCUUGAGCGGGACAUCCAUCAACAGGGAGUAGACGGGGAAAGGUUUACUUUUAAAUAAGAAGAUCUAGAUCCGAAACCCUACUUAUAAUGGCGGAAAAACCAAUGUGGGAACAAAUAGGAGCUGGCUUCGUACAGCACUACUACCAACAGUUUGAUAGCAACAGAGUGCUUUUGGCAGAUCUCUACACAGAGGCCUCCUGCUUAACAUGGGAAGGACUGGGGUUUCAAGGCAAGAAUGCCAUUAUGGAAAAAUUGACUAACCUGCCAUUCCAAAAAAUCCAACACAGUAUAACAGCACAGGAUCACCAGCCAACCCCAGACAGUUGUGUUAUUAGCAUGGUGGUGGGGCAGCUUAAGGUGGAUGACGAUCCAGUAAUGGGAUUUCACCAACUAUUUCUUUUGAAAAAUAUUGACAAUAAAUGGAUUUGCAGUAAUGAUAUGUUUAGAUUGGCCUUGCAUAACUUUGGCUAAACCAGUGGUUCCCAACUCGAGUCCUCCUAACAGUACAGACUUCUGUUUCAUCGAGGGCCUUAAAAUUGCGCCUCUGAGGCUAUUUUGUAGAGUGUGGUAAUUCUUCUUUGUCAGUCAGAAUUCAGUACACAUGGGUAUUUUUAGAGCCAGGUUUAAAAAAAAACUUGGGACAGCUUGGAUAUUAUAUAUCAACAUUCCUAUUGUUCUAAAAUGAUGUUUGUGUUUUCGGUACAUUUGGCGGGAGUGGUGAUGGUAAACAGAAUAAAGUCAUUUGGAAUAAA